AUGUCAGAAGCCCUGUCGGAUCCGCUUAUCGACUAUAACGACAACAAAUUAUCGGCCGAUUGUCCCAUAUGUUUAUCACAAUUGGUCGACAAGUGUCAGCUGUCGAACUGUCGGCACGAGUUCUGUCUGAGAUGUCUAUUGCGAUGGACAGGGAGUCACGAGAAUUGUCCGGUUUGUCGUCAAUCCAUAACUAGUAUUCGCCAUAACAUCGGCGACGACGCCGACAACGACUACGAUCUGAUUUCGGUCCGAUUAUUAGAUAUCAUUAAACGUUUGAAUAUUCAUCUGAUGAACGACGAGAAUCGUAUCGAACGUCUUCAGAGAGAACUGAACAGUGCUCAAGAAGUUCGUCAACAAAGACAACAAUUGUUGGAUCAAUUGAUGAGUAUCGAUGGCAAUGACGAAGAAGAGAUCAAUAUAUCUAUUAAUGCUGUUGUUUAUGACAUUGAAAAUUUGCAGACAUCUGUUUCGAUGCCCUAUAAUAUACAACAUAUGGACGAUUCAAUCACCAGAUACUAUGGCUCUGAUGUUUGGUCAGCCAGUAUGAGGUCUAUUAUUAGUAACAGAGACAAUGAUACCGAUUCAGACAUUAUAUCAGUUAACAGCAGUGACCCGUCAAUGGAAAGCAGCAAUAGAUCGGCAUAUAUUACGGACAGUAUUUUCAGUGAAGACAGUUAUUAUGCAAGUGAACUGUUGUGCCCAUCAAUCGAUGAUUCAAUGGAUUUAACAAAUGGUUUGAGUGAUGAAAGUAACGAUGAAGUGGUCAUACAAUCGAUGAACAGUAAAGAUAGUCAACAGUCACGCCAUGAGAUCGAUACUACUGUCGGUGAAUCAUCCAAACAGGUGUCCAAAUCAACGAAGUAA